GACAAGCUUUGGUUUGAACGUCGGCGUGUGUUGUUGAAUUAAAGCGGUACAAGUGAUAAUCGUAAAAGUUGUAAUUAGUAACGUAAAUAAUGAACAGUUAUAAAAUGCACAAAUCGUAUAUAUAAUUCCACUCUACUCACGGCAUUUUAAAUGAAUUUAGAGUGAAAUCUACAACAUGAGUCGAUCAGGUCCCAUACAUCAGGUGAGCGUUGCGGAUGGGUUUGCGGACGACUGCGACGAGCUGUUACACCGCUGCUCUAAGCAUGUGCCUCUCAAUUUUAUGGCAUUCAGUACCAUAUGGAAGCAAAUGGGCCUUUCUGACAUGUACAAAGAAAGACCAUCAGGUGCUGAAAUAGCAGAGCUUAGUGAGGAGGCAAUCCUUAUUGCCAAAAGCUACAUGUUGGCAGACACUAGCAAUUUUGAGCAAACUGUAGCAGGCGUCUUCCUGGUGUAUGCACUGCUCAAUCUACAGCCGUUCCCUUCGUUUGCAUGGUUGCGAGUUGUACCGGAUGAUGUGCCAGCCAUUAUUCGCAUUGAACAGAUUGCCCGAAGGCAGAAGCGGAUAGACGUUCUGUACAUACUGGGGUCAAUACUUAUUAAUCACAGCCAGUACCAUGCGGUGGCGAGGGAACAUGGACUCGAAGUACCGCUCCGAAAGUAUAUUGAAGGUGCUGUCAGAACCAUAGAUCGGCAGGGCAUUCGACCGAAAGGUGUAAUUUAUAGACAAAACACAGAGCUCGAAUUGAUUCGGGAGCUCAAAAGCAUCAGUAAAGUCUAUGAUGACGCUAAAGCCAGUCUGCUGAAGGACAUACCGCAGGAUCGCAACUUGGGCUACACAGACGGGCAGUUGGCGGCACACUUCGAUGUUUCCGUGAAGAAGGUCAUCAACGGACUGGUUGAGGAGGAUUCACAGCUUGUUAACCACACAGGCCAGGGCUCGUCGAAACCGGACCAUCACACACUCGUACAAUCCAUCAAACAACGAGCUAUGCAGAGCUCCGUAGAGGGAGUGAAACAUCUUACUGGAGUCGCAGAAAGAUCAGCUACUAUCACGAGCCCUGUGAAAACUGAUAUUGAAGUGAAGAAACCUAGAAGCAAGAAGCGGAGGAAAGGCCAAUCCGCCACAGUACCGGAAAAUACAAAGGCGGAAUCAAAGCCGGCUGCGCGCCUCGGAAGACAGGUACUGCUUAGUAUAGGUGGUAGGCCUAAGAAGAGGAAACAAGUAAGCAGCUCUAGUGAAGAAGAGAGUGAUGGUGAUAUUGUCUUAGAGUCUGAUGAAGACGCCGCAGAUGACCCGGACAGCCAAAAUGAAGAUUCCGAACCGGACACCGACAAACCGGAAAAAGUACCAGAUAAAAAUCUAGUCGAAGCAAAAGUUUUAAAGAACUUAAAUAUAGACUCGUUACCAGUUUUCAUACAAACCGAAGAUCAGUCACGACUGAUUCAAAUAGAAAUUAUAGACCAGACAAAUAAUGUGAACAGCUUUAAUGGUGAUAUGCCUGUAAUUGUUCCAUCGGCAGAGCCGAACGCAACGGUUACUUCAAAUGAACUGAAUAAAGUCAGUGAAUGUUCCACAAGCGCCCAAGAACAAGCAGACAAGGCGAGGCCUAUAGUGUCUGAGACAGUAAAGGACGAUGACCUUUUCAAAAAACCAUCUGUAACACGCGUCUUGCUGAAGAAACCUGAUAAGAGCCUAUUGAAGAAACCACACUUAAAAUCGAAGUUUAAGAGAUUAGGCAUGCUGCCUGUGGCUAAUUUCAAUGAAGGUAAAUAAAUAACUGUUGUUUAAGCUAUGUAUUACUUAAGAAAUAUAGACGUGCGCUCACA